UCCAGGUACACAAUGUUGAUCGCGUCAAGAGAUCACAUACGACUAGUGGAAAGUCCUAGGCCUUCUAGAAAUGAUUUUACAGUCGUCACUAUCAACUCGACGUCAGUGUUGCUGUUUGGAGGUUGGAAUGAAAACCACAAUUUUAAUGAUCUUUGGCAAUUUUCUCUUACAAGUAGAAUUUGGAAGGAAGUGAAGAUGAUCGAGAGUAGUGGGUCCGGUUACAUCGGACCCAUUACUAACGAGGCAGCGGAAAGCGUCCCCUCACCUCGAUAUAAUCAUGCUGCUGCAGUUAUAGGAGUCGAAAUGUUUGUUUUUGGCGGAUAUGACGAAUAUGGUCAUUCGAACUUAGAAUUGUGGAGAUAUAACAUGAUUAACAAUUCGUGGAGAUAUUUAGAACCAACCAACCAAAUUUCACAUUUUACUUCUAUUAAUGGAGAUGAGUGCUAUUUUGUGGCGACCGCUCAAAGUGAAACGCUAUGGAUUGUGUCUAGGUGUCCUUUCUCUAUUAAAACCCUGAAACCCAAUGCCAACGUAUAUAUCAGUUUGUGGAUGUUUAUUGUUCACUUGCAGACUUGGAAUUUCGUCGCACAUGAAAAACUAGAAAAUUUCCCGGACAACUAUCUCUAUUCAUCUUUGCAUUUCUGGCGAGGAUAUCUAAUAAGUCUAGAGCGUUCUAGUUUACUUUACAUCAAGGCUGGAUGUCCUGAAGGACUAGGAUCGAGCAACAUUUCUCGUUUUCCCUGCGACGUAUGCAAAGUAGGAUUUUACUCUGAUGUAGAGACGAAAGAGUGUCGCAAAUGUCCAAACGGAACGACGACGAGACAAGAGCGUUCGUCGAGGCUGACCGAAUGCAAUGUUUGUGUCACGGGUUACUGUCGUCAUGGAAGAUGUCUGGUGGUGAGCGACAGGCUAACGCAAGCUCCCGUAUGUACGUGUACUAUCGGAUUCACUGGUUCUCACUGUCAAGACGCAACUUAUUAUUACAUUGGAACGGGGGUUAUUCUUGUUAUAGGUAUUAUUACUUUACUCGUUGUUGUAUUACGGCGCAUCAUCAAGAAACGAAGAGAACGAGAAACGGCUUUCCGUCGUCAAAUACAAAUUUUGAACGAUGCGUGGCAGAUCAGUUGGCAAGAAAUAGAACUGCAGGACGAAAUAGGAGGAGGAGCUUCGGGAAGAGUGUGGAAAGCGCAAUACCGUAAUCUAGACGUUGCUGUAAAAAUGCUGAUUAACAAUGAUGAAUCAGAAUCGUCAUUGGAAUUUGCAGGAGAAAUUAAGUUUAUGCAAACGAUGCGUCAUCGAAAUAUUGUACUUUUCAUCGGAGCCGGUAAAACGAGUCCACAAGCACAACCGUUUCUUGUCGUCGAGUUUGCGCAUAGAGGUUCAUUACGUCACGUACUGGAUGACGUCAGUAUUGAAAUAGAUCAAAAUCGUAAAAUAGAUUUUGCUCUAGACGCUUCGAAAGGAAUGGAGUUUCUUCACAAAUUGAACCCGCCCAGAAUCCAUCGAGAUCUGAAAAGUGAGAAUUUACUCGUUUGCAAAAGUUGGAUUGUCAAAGUGGCUGAUUUUGGUCUUGGAAGACUCUUUAGUGGGGCACAGAAGAACCGACGAUCAAAUCGAAACAAUGCAUUGAGCAGCACGAAUUCAGGAAACGAGCUUCUAGUUGAAAUGAGAGAUUUGUCUGAAGAUGGUAUCGGGACAGUGAGAUGGAGCGCACCGGAGUUAGCACGACGAGAGAGCUACGAUGGAUCCAUCGAUGUCUACAGUUUUGGAAUUGUGCUUUGGGAGAUUUGGUCACGUGGCUUUCCUUUCGAACAGUAUCGGUUUGCUCACGAAGUCGACGACGCGGUAGAAAGAGACGAGCGUCCCGUCGUUCCGUGCGAUUGCCCGGAAGGGUAUGCAAGCGUAAUGCAAGCUUGCUGGGCAGGAAGAGCCCGGAAACGACCGUCGUUUAGCGAAGUUGUCAGCUGUCUGGAAACCAUUCAUGUGGAAGAUGCAUGUUAGAGUGACUACACGAGAGUUUUGAAUUUUGUCCAAUUGUUACUACUAGUCUAGUGACGCUUAGCUGCUAUGUAGAGGUAUUACAGCAGAUUAUAUUGCUAUAGCAUACGAUAUUAGAAUUGGGAGUUUUAGUCGUAAAAAUUGUUAUUUAAUGUGUAGAAUACAGUUGUUUAUGUUAUA